GACCGUUACGUCCCACCACCAUCACGCUCACCGCUUCGCGAUCUCUUUUACGAUUAACCCCUCGCAGAAUUAGAUAUAGCGGCGCGGCGAGAGAGAGAGACUAUUUUUGGGCGUAAUCCAGCGCGGCCGUCCGCCCGAGAUCUCCCUCUCCCACCGCGCGUUUCGCCGCCGGAAUCCGCGCCGCAGAGAGCGGGGGGUAUAAAGAGGUGAGACGGUGGUCUCCCGGAUUCGGUGGGUGGUGGGUCCCGCUGCUGUGUGCGUGUGCGUGCCGAGGGAGGGAGGGAGGCCUCGUCGCCGCCGAUGGAGUCGUCGGCCGGCGGCGGCGGCGGCGAGUCUCCGCCUCCGGCGAAGCCCGUGCUGCUCCACGGGGACCUCGACCUGUGGGUGGUCGAGGCGCGCCUGCUCCCAAACAUGGACAUGUUCUCCGAGCACGUACGGCGGUGCUUCGCCGCCUGCAAGCCGCCCACCUCCUGCGCCACCGCCAGGCAGCCGCGCCACGCCCGCGGCCACCACCGCCGGAAGAUCAUCACCAGCGACCCCUACGUCACGCUCUCCGUCGCCGGCGCCGUGGUGGCGCGCACCCGCGUCAUCCCCAACGACCAGGACCCCGUCUGGGACGAGCGCUUCGCCGUGCCCCUCGCCCACUACGCCGCCGCGCUCGAGUUCCACGUCAAGGACAACGACACGUUCGGCGCGCAGCUCAUCGGCACCGUCACCAUCCCCGCCGACAGGGUCGCCUCGUGCCAGGAGGUGGAGGACUGGUUCCCCAUCAUCGGCAACAACGGCAGGCCGUACAAGCCCGACACGGCGCUCCGCCUCCGCCUCCGCUUCAACCCCGCGGCCGACAACCCGCUCUACCGCCGCGGCAUCCCCGGCGACCCCGACCACCAGGGGAUCAAGGACUCCUACUUCCCGCUCCGCCACGGCGGCCGCGUCACGCUGUACCAGGACGCCCACUACAGGGAAGGGGACCUGCCGGAGAUCGAGCUCGACGAGGGGGGCAAGGUGUUCGACCACAACGCGUGCUGGGAGGACAUCUGCCACGCCAUCCUCGAGGCGCACCACAUGAUAUACAUCGUCGGCUGGUCGGUGUACGACAAGGUGCGCCUCGUCCGGGAGCCGUCGCCGUCGAGGCCGCUGCCGGAAGGCGGCGACCUCAAUCUCGGGGAGCUGCUCAAGUUCAAGUCGCAGGAGGGCGUGAGGGUGUGCCUGCUCGUGUGGGACGACAAGACGUCGCACGACAAGUUGUUCAUCAAAACGGGUGGAGUGAUGGCGACACAUGAUGAAGAAACUAGAAAAUUCUUCAAGCAUUCCUCAGUCAUUUGUGUUCUUUCACCUCGGUAUGCCAGCAGUAAGCUGAGCAUUUUCAAACAACAGGUUGUUGGGACUUUGUUUACCCAUCAUCAAAAAUGCGUGCUGGUUGAUACACAAGCUUGGGGAAACAAGCGGAAGAUUACUGCUUUUAUCGGUGGCCUGGAUCUUUGUGAUGGGCGUUAUGAUACACCCGAACAUAGGCUUUUUAAGGAUCUUGACACAGUAUUCGAUAAUGAUUAUCAUAACCCUACAUUUCCGUCAGGUGCAAAGGGGGGGCCUAGACAACCAUGGCAUGACCUUCACUGUAGGAUUGAUGGUCCAGCUGCGUAUGAUGUCUUGAAAAAUUUUGAGCAACGCUGGAGAAAGGCAACGAAAUGGCGUGAACGAUUUAGAAAAGUGUCUCAUUGGAAAGAUGAUGCCCUGAUAAAGUUGGAACGUAUCUCAUGGAUACUUAGCCCUUCGCCUACUAUUCCAAAUGAUGAUAUUAGUUUGCGGGUUUCAAAAGAAGAAGAUCCUGAAAAUUGGCAUGUUCAGGUAUUCCGGUCAAUAGACUCUGGUUCGCUUAAAGGGUUUCCUAGUGAUUGCAAAGAAGCUUCAAAGCAGAAUCUUAUUUGCCGGAAGGACCUGAUAAUUGAUAAGAGCAUCCACACUGCUUAUGUCCGGGCAAUCAGAUCCGCCCAGCAUUUCAUUUAUAUUGAAAAUCAAUAUUUCCUUGGGUCAUCAUAUGCUUGGCCGUCCUAUGUUAAUUCAGGUGCUGACAAUCUGGUACCUAUUGAAUUGGCCCUCAAAAUUGCAAGCAAGAUUAGGGCUGGUGAACGGUUUGCAGUUUAUGUAGUCAUACCGAUGUGGCCUGAAGGAGUCCCUACAGCAGCUUCUGUACAAGAAAUUCUUUUCUUUCAGGCACAGACAAUGGAGAUGAUGUAUCGUAUAAUUGCACAAGAGCUCAAGGCCAUGAAUAUUAAGAAUGCACACCCUCAAGAUUACUUGAACUUCUAUUGUCUGGGCAAUCGAGAAGAAUCAUCAUCAUCAAAUGGCAGCCCUGAAUCUAACGAUAAAAGUGCAGCGGCCUUGGCUAGAAAAUACCGGCGUUUUAUGAUCUAUGUUCAUGCAAAGGGGAUGAUUGUAGAUGAUGAAUAUGUUAUUCUGGGGUCAGCAAACAUCAACCAAAGAUCUUUGGCUGGUUCCAGAGAUACUGAAAUUGCCAUGGGCGCAUACCAGCCUCACCACACAUGGUCUACAAAGGGGGGUCAUCCUCGCGGUCAGGUAUACGGGUAUAGAACUUCCCUCUGGGCAGAGCAUCUUGGGAUGGUUGAUGACCUCUUCAAGGAUCCAUCAAGUUUGGAGUGUGUAAAUUAUGUCAAUGAAAUAGCAGAAGAGAACUGGAGAAGGUUCACCGCAGAACAACUUAUAACGUUACAAGGGCACCUCCUCAAAUACCCAGUCAAGGUAGAGGCUGACGGUAAGGUUGGUCCAUUGCCAGAACACGAAUGCUUUCCUGACGUUGGUGGCAAGAUUCUUGGAGCUCCAACUUCACUCCCUGAUACGCUAACAAUGUAACACGGUUCAAGCAAAAUAUUGACAUGUUUUCCAGAAUUGAAGCCCUUUUUUGUUCAUAUUUUAAACUUUGUGAUUGCUUGAAGAUGGUAUCGGAGAGGAAUUUGUAUCAUGUCUGUAUAAUCAUCCAGAGAGGGGGUAUAGGGAGAGCUCAAGCUGCUAAUGGUGUCUGUAAAGUUUGUGGCUAUGUGAGAAAUUUUUCAGCCGUUGUAAAUGAAACACACGACAGUACGAUAGACUACAGUGUUGUCUCAUUUCCAUUGCAAUCAUACACGCACAACUGUUUUAAUUCA